AUGCGUUUGCCACAGCUCCGUGCCCCGCCGUCGUCGCAGCUCCCUGACCCCGCCGUUGUUGUUCUGCCGCUCGCACUCAUUACCCCGCCGUCGUCGCAGCUCCCUGUCCGUGCCCGGAUGCAUAAAACCGCCCUCCCUCUCCUCCGCACGCACCCCCACCCCCACCCCCACGCCGGCCCCAGCGGCGCCGUCUGCCGCGGCCGCCACCGCCUCCGGCCCCCGCGCGCCCCCGGCUGGGCGCCCCCCUUGGCCAUCGCCGCCGCCGGCUCCGGCCCCCGCACCGGCCACAGCGGCGCCGCCCGCCACUGCCGCCGCCGCCUCCGGCCACCGCGAGCCCCUGGCCGGGCGCCCCCCUCGUCCAUCGCCACCUCCGCCCCGUGCGGCCGCGUGCCGCCGUCCGCCGCCGGCUCUGGCCCCGCGCCGUCCACUGCGGCGGCGCCCGCCGGGGUCACGGCCGCCUCCGGCCACCGUGCCCCCUUCGCGCGGCCGCCUCCCUGCGCUGCGCCCUGCGGCUGUGUCGCUGCCGCCCCCAAGCAGGACCGGCCAAGUACGAUGGGCCGGCCGUGCCAUCGGGCCGGCCCGGCACGAAAAAAAGGCCUUAGUGCCGGGCCUGGGCCGUGA